UUCCGGCAAAAACCUUUUGGACGACAGGAAGUGACCUUUUCAAAUAGUCUCCUGCAGUUUCCUUCAGAGACCCCGUGGCGGAUAAAAACGCAGAACAGGCGCACCGUUUGUCGCACAAACUGCCGCAGACUGCAGACAUGGAGCCGGAGAACAUUUUCCUCUUCGUUCCUAAUUUAAUCGGUUACGCCCGGGUGGUGCUGGCCCUGAUCUCCUUCUUCCUGAUGCCUUGCUGCCCGUGGCCGGCUGUCUUCUGCUACCUGUUCAGCGCUCUGCUGGACGCCUUUGACGGCCAUGCAGCGCGAGCGCUCAAUCAGUCCACUAAGUUCGGUGCCAUGUUGGACAUGCUGACCGACCGCUGCGCCACCAUGUGUCUGCUGGUCAACCUGUCCCUACUCUACCCCUCCUACACCUUCCUGUUCCAGCUCAGCAUGUGUCUGGACAUCGCCAGCCACUGGCUGCACCUGCACAGCUCGACGGUAAAGGGAUCAGCCAGUCAUAAAACCAUCGACCUCUCCGGGAACGCCAUCCUACGCCUCUACUACACCUCCAAGCCAGUCCUGUUUGUGAUGUGCGCCGGGAACGAGCUCUUCUUCUGCCUGCUCUACCUUCUCUAUCACAUCGAGGAGCCGGCAGGCUGGCUCUACUGGCUGCAGGGGCUCUGUGGGAUCAUCUGCCUUCUCAAGUCCGGCAUCAGCGUCCUGCACCUCAUCACUGCCUCGCAGAACAUGGCCGCCAUGGACGCCGCCGAGCGGGAGAAGGCCUCGAAGAUGAAGUGAGAGGUCACGGGGAGGUGGCGAGAGCUGCGACAGCAUCAGCAGAUCCGUCGCGGUUUCACUUGUUGUUUUCUUAAAGGGAAAGUUUGUCAGAGCGAAACGGAUUCUGACCAAAUAUGGAGAAAAAUAUUCCAAAUCCACGGCACAGCCUUUAAAUCACAACGUAAGCUCAUAACGCAAACUUAAAGGACAACACGCACUGUUACAUGUACCGAUAAACGGACAGGUCCCCAGUUACCGCUCACCUGUUUUAUUACGCUAACGUCAGAGGCGUGUCCGGCGGUGAUGACAGCGAGAACUAACGCAGUUAUUCUUUAUUUUUCCGUUAAAGCGACGGUUCGUAUCCGAUUUAUCAAUUACACAGAAACAAAUGUUGCUCUUUCUCGCUGCCACACUUUCUCAGUUUUACAUCAUAGCGAUAAUUUAAAAAAACAUCUGAAAGCUUUGAAAAACACAAAUUUUUAAAUUAAAUAUUUAAGUUUGAACAGACAAAUAUAGAGGACCCGAAGUCGAAAAUGAAUGUAAAAAUCACUGAAAGAAUAUAAAGUAAUGUUAAUAAUGACUGCAGGCAGGAAUUAUAAUAUUCCUGUUAUCUGCUCAUGUGUUUAUACAUCAUCAAUAUUUAAAUCCAGAAAAAAAAAAGUAACUACAGAAAUAACAGAAGUGACUAAAGUCUGGGCAAAAUAAAUGAGGCGCGAUGUGAAAGGACACAUGUAGUCUAAAUAUGUAAAUGAAGAAGCAAAUAAAAUGGCUAAUUAUUACAAAAGUAAACAAGAACUCAACCGUUUUUUGGGGGGGGGGACAUUGUCAGUCCUCUGUAUCUGAAUAUCAACUUUCCAAAUUGUUGUUGUUGUUAUUAUUUUCCUAUUUUACUCAUCAAACUAUUAACUGAUCCACAACGUUAAACACAAUGAAAAUACAGAUCAAAUACAGAUUAUUGUAAUUAUUACUAUUGCUGUUAUUUUUCUUCUUAUCAUCAUCAUCAUCAUCAUCAUCAUUAUGAGUAUCAUUAUUAUUAUUAUUAUUAUUGUUGUUGUUGUUAUUAUUAUGCAUCAUUUCCAGGUGUGUAGCAGCAGGAUUGUGAGGACAGACUUCUGUGUCUACUGUCUGAUCGGUGGCUGCUGUUAGGUCGAAGUCGUCGGCUAACAGCAGCCACAGCAGUGAUUGUGAUUAAUUGACAGAUGAUUGACGGGAAGCUCAGUCUGAAGCUGAGAGGAGGCGGGGCGUUUGGUCUGACUGGACGCACCUGUGCAGGUGUGCGUGUAGAUGAUGUCAUGACUCAGUGGUGUCUGUCAGAAGGCCUGAGGCUCUUUGCUGGGCACCGACAUUUUUAUUCGGAGGAAAAACUCCAGGUGUGUUUAAAUGAAUGAGGAGCAGCUGACGAUGUGUAGCGCCCAUUAACCAUCCGAAGGCGCCUGUGACCGUCAGGCUGGCUACUGACACGUUAACGGUAAAAUCUAAAUUCUAAUGCUUAUUCCACUCUCUGAAAAUCCACUUUUUAUUCCUUAUUUAGAUGUUUUUUAUUUGUUUUUUGAUUUGUGAAGACGAAACCGUCCCUGAAAUGUCGACACGACCAAAAGCUUAAAUAUUCCUCUCACCUUCCGUUCUGUUCCCACGCCUCACUUCCUGUUCCUGCUGAUGUUUGGCUGAUUAGACGGAGGCUGAGCUGUAGCUGGGCCCAUUUUAUUUUAGUGUUAGGAGAGGAAGCGUCUCCUCUGUCAGAAACUGUACGUUUACCUCACCUGAGGAGCACCAAGUGUUACCUGUGUGUGUCGCUGUGAGGGAACCAAUCAGAGAGUGUGCUGAAAUCCGCAUACUGUAUUUGCUAGAAUGUAUUAAUAUGAAAUAUAUAUCUCGAGCUGAAAGCCAAGUUUGAUGUUCUAUUUAAAAGGAAAUAAUGUUGUAAUUUAAACAUUUGUUGCUGGUUUUGUUUGCUUGGUUUGAAUUUACUGUGAAAAAUAAAAAAAAA